AUGUUUUGGAAAUACUUUACCGACGCUUCUGCUACGUCAGUUGCCUCUGUACUUGCACCAAGCGGCCCUGAGGUAGACUCUAAGCUCAUUGACGCCAAGCUCGACUCGGAGGGUCAAGCGAAGCAUAUCGAUGAACAGGAAGUGAUGAUCAAGAUACUCAACAAACAGCUAUCUUACUGUGAGAGUGAUUUGGCUACUCACAUGGAUCUCGUGAGCGCAUUACAGACAUCAUUGAGCGACUCUGAGAAGAAUCUUCUCAACGCGCGCAUGCAAGCAACGAAGCUUGCGAGGGAACGAGACUCGCUUAAUUCACAAAUUGAGGGCCUUCGCAACGAGUUACAGGAAGCGCGCCGUGAGGUUGUUACUGUUCGGAAAUCGAUCGUGGAAGAAGAACAGUCCCUCGAAUCGCAUCUCGACGAAGAACGACGUGCGAAGGAACGUGCUCGUGUGCAGCUCAACUCUCGGAUGGAGGAGCUACAAAAACGCAAAUCGAAGUUUGCUUGUCUAUAG